GCGCGCAUGCUCAGGGGGCCCACAGGGACGCCUCCAGCCGCCAGGGGGAGCCCGCGACAUUCCUGCCUCUCUGGCCCGCGCCGCCCGCGGGUCGGUAGAAAUCCCAGAGUUCGGCGCGUUUGAGGCCCUUCCGCCGCGGCAGCCAUUAAAGAGCAGCAGCCAUGGCUCUGCGCUACCCCAUGGCCGUGGGCCUCAACAAGGGCCACAAGGUGACCAAGAACGUGAGCAAGCCGAGGCACAGCCGCCGCCGUGGGCGCCUCACCAAGCACACCAAGUUCGUGCGGGACAUGAUCCGGGAGGUGUGCGGCUUUGCCCCUUAUGAGCGGCGGGCCAUGGAGCUGCUCAAGGUCUCCAAGGACAAGCGGGCCCUCAAGUUCAUCAAGAAAAGGGUGGGGACACACAUCCGUGCCAAGAGGAAGAGAGAGGAGCUGAGCAAUGUCCUGGCCGCCAUGAGGAAGGCGGCAGCCAAGAAGGACUGAGCCCUUCCCCUCUGUGCACAAUAAAACUUUUCCAGAAA